AUGCGAGAAAUUGGUGGCGAUGGUGCUGGUGUUGAUUUUGGUGGUGGCGAUGGUGCUGGUGUUGAUUUUGGUGGUGGCGAUGGUGCUGGUGUUGAUUUUGGUGGUGGCGAUGGUGCUGGUGUUGAUUUUGGUGGUGGCGAUGGUGCUGGUGUUGAUUUUGGUGGUGGCGAUGGUGCUGGUGUUGAUUUUGGUGGUGGCGAUGGUGCUGGUGUUGAUUUUGGUGGUGGCGAUGGUGCUGGUGUUGAUUUUGGUGGUGGCGAUGGUGCUGGUGUUGAUUUUGGUGGUGGCGAUGGUGCUGGUGUUGAUUUUGGUGGUGGCGAUGGUGCUGGUGUUGAUUUUGGUGGUGUUGCUGGUGACGGUAGUGGUGCUCCACAUGUCGUGUUGGGAGAGCAGGGACAGUAG